AUGAGGGUGGUCGUGCUUGCCCUGACUCUAGCCCUUGUGGCUGCGCAACAUAACUUUGCCCCUGAUUUUGCUCUGGGUAAGACAUAUGUCUACAAAUAUGAGACACUGCUCCUGGGCGGUCUACCAGAGGAAGGACUGGCAAGAGCUGGACUAAAAGUCAGAAGCAAAGUUUUCAUCAGCGCCGUAGAACAGAACCUGUUGAUGGUCAAGCUUGUGGAACCAGAGCUCUUCGAGUACAGCGGUGUUUGGCCAAAGGAUGAUUUCAUCCCGGCCCCUAAGCUGACAGCAGCCCUGGCCCCUCAGCUCAUGAUCCCCAUCAAGUUUGAGUACACCAACGGCGUCGUCGGAAAAAUGUUUGCGCCCGAGGGAGUCUCCGUGAUGGUGUUGAACAUCUACAGAGGUGUCCUGAACGUUCUGCAGCUCAACAUCAAGAAGACGCAGAAUGUCUACGAGAUGCAAGAGGACGGAGCUCAGGGUGUGUGCAAGACUCUCUACGCCAUCACCGAAGAUGAGAAGGCUGAACGUAUCCAUCUGACCAAGACCAGAGAUCUGACCCACUGUCAGGAAAGGAUCAUGAAGGAUAUCGGGUUGGCCUACACUGAGACAUGUGCCAAGUGUCAGCGGGAUUCCAAGAACUUGAAAGGAGCGACGGCAUACAACUACGUUCUGAAGUCGGUUCCCAGUGGUGUGAUGAUCUUGGAGGCAUCUGUCAAUGAAGUCAUUCAGUUCUCACCUUUCCACGAGAAAAAUGGAGCUGCUCAGAUGGAGACCCGGCAAAAAUUGGUUUUCCUGGAGGUCCAGAAAGUUCCCAUCGUACCGGUUAAAGCAGAGUACCUCCACCGUGGAUCCCUCAAGUACCAGUUCUCCACCGAGCUGCUGCAAACACCCAUUCAGCUUGUGAGGCUCACCAACGUCCAGGCCCAGAUUGUAGAAAUUAUAAACCACAUGGUCGACCACAACAAGGAGAAAGCCCAAGAGGAUGCCCCACUCAAGUAUUUGGAGCUCAUUCAACUUCUUCGCAUGGCUAAAUAUGAAGACCUGCAAAGGCUUUGGAGCCAGCUUAAGACGAAAGAAACACACAGACGGUGGAUGCUGGAUGCCAUUGCUUCCCUUGGAACUCACGUUGCUCUGAGAUUCAUAACGGAAAAGUUGGAGGAUAACGAGAUGACGGUCUCCGAAGUCGCUCAGGCUUUGAUUGCAUCGGUUCACAUGGUGACAGCAGACACUGAGGCCAUUAAGAUGAUUAACAUCCUGUUUGAGAAGAACAAGGUACAGGAGAGCCCACUUCUGCGCGAGCUUGUCAGCCUUGCCUACGGUACCAUGGUUUACAAACAUUGUCUUGACAAGCCGGUCUGUCCUGUCGAGCUGAUCAAGCCCGUCCACGAAUAUCUUGAAAAGGAUUUGGCUAAAGCCAAUCCACGGGAGAUUAUUUACACUUUGAAGGUGUUGGGCAAUGCUGGCCAUCCUAUGAGCCUGAAGCCGAUCACUAAGAUCCUGCCCAUACAUGGCACAGCAGCGGCAAGCCUGCCCGUGAGUGUUCACGCUGAGGCGAUCAUGGCCUUGAGGAACAUUGCCAAGAAGGAACCAAGAAUGGUCCAGGACCUGGUUCUUCAGCUGUAUAUGGACAAGGCUCUUCACCCUGAGCUCCGUAUGCUGGCCUGCAUUGUGCUCUUCGAGACACGGCCGCCAGUUGGUCUGGUGACAAACCUUGCCAACAUUUUGAGGACGGAGGAGGACAUGCAGGUGGCUAGCUUCACUUACUCUCAUAUGAAGUCCCUGACGAGAAGCACUUCCCCAAACCAUGCUUCCAUUGCCGCCGCUUGCAACAUCGCAGUCAAACUCUUGAGCAGGAAGCUGGAAAGACUGAGCCUCCGUUUCAGCAGAGCCAUUCAGAUGGACAUCUAUAGCAAUCCCCUGAUGCUUGGGGCUGCCGCCACUACUUUCUACAUCAACGAUGCUGCCUCCAUUUUGCCUAGAAGCAUCAUGGCUAAGACCAGCGCCUACGUUGCUGGAGCUGCUGCUGAUGUCCUAGAGGUCGGAGUGAGAACUGAGGGACUCCAGGAGACUCUGCUGAAGAGUCACGCCUUGACCGAUAACGUGGACAGGCUCACAAAGAUGAAGCGCGUCAUUAAGGCUCUGUCUGAGUGGAGGUCCAUGCCCAACACCAAGCCUCUGGCCUCCGCUUACGUCAGGUUCUUCGGGCAAGAAAUUGCUUACAUUGACUUUGACCAGACUUUGAUGAAGGAGCUGGAAAAAUGGCCCUCUAUUGAGCAGCUUAGUAAGAAUGCCCUCAAGGCUCUGCUGUCUGGAGCUUCCUUCCAUGUUGCUAAACCAGUGUUGGCAAAUGAAGUGCGGCGCAUUAUGCCAACGGCUGCUGGAUUCCCCAUGGAGCUUGGUUUCUACACUGCUGCUGUGGUCGCUGCAAAUGUUGAUUUGACGGUCACCGCAACACCACCUCUGCCAGAACCCAUACAGUUCAGCCAAUUUCUGAAAACCAACAUGGUGCUCAACACUGAGAUCAGACCAAGCAUCGCUAUGAGUACCUUUGCCGUGAUUGGAGUGAACACUCCCAUCCUCCAGGCUUCCCUGGUCUCAAGAGUCAAGCUCAACUCUAUUGUACCAGCCAAGAUUUCCGCAACGCUGGACAUUGCAGAUGGACACUUUAAGAUUGCGGCUCUACCCGUUUCUGUACCUGAAGAUGUUGCUGUUGUUGACAUUCAGUAUUAUGCUGUGGUGAGAAACAUUGAGGAACUUGGAGCUGAAAAGAUCACUCCCCUCAUACCUGCCAACACCUUUAAGCCAAAUUCAAAGGAGAUCCUCACCUCGCGGGUCAUUUCCUCUGAGUCUGUUAGUUCGUCCCAAUCUUCAGAACUCCUUCCGCGUGAUACAGAGAAAGAUACUAAGCCAAUCCAGCGCAAAGCACUUGAUAAGAAGUACUGUGUCAAAGCUUAUGGCAUUGGACUGAGAGGAUGUUUCAAGGUCUUCUCUGAAAAUGCUGCGUUCAUCACAGACAACUUGCUGUACAGACUGGCAGGAAGGCAGUUAGUCUCUUUAUCUGUGAAAAGGAUUGACGGAGAAGCCGUGGACAGACUGGAGAUGAUAGUUCAGCUUGGACCUAAGGCUGCAGAGAAGCUUAUCAAGCAUAUCAAUCUGAGUGAAGACGAAAUCGAAGGAAAGCCAGUCCUGAUGAAGCUCAAGAGACUUCUCAACAGCACCUCCUCUAGCUCCUCAUCAUCAUCGUCCUCCUCAUCCUCUGUGGCCUCUUCUUCAAGUUCGAGCUCAAAACUUCAGUCAUCAUCUUCGGUCAGCAGCAGCAGGAAGAGCAAGCGCAGUUCUUCGAGAUCUGUCAGCAGACCUUCCAAAAGCAGCUCUGGAUCUAGUUUGUCCUCCCUCUUCAGUGCCAGCUCUAGGUCUUCCAGCUCCAGUCGAAAAGUAUCAAAGCGAGUGGUUGACAACCGCACCUUCCGGAGGAACCACAAGAAGUCUCUUGCUACCUCAAAAUCAAAAUCUAGAAGCAGAAGCAGCGCCUCAAGCCAUGAAGCCAUCUACAAGCAGACUAAAUUCCUGGGCAAGGAAAUUGCUCCCAUCUUCGCCGUCAUCUUCCAAGCUGUGAGAGCCAAUGGCAAGCUCCAGGGAUACCAAAUUGCUGGCUACGCAGACAUACAUAAUGCCAGACUUCAGAUCAUCCUGUCCAACCUGGCUGCUGAUAACAACUGGAUUCUCAGUCUGGAUAGCAUCUUGCUAAGCAAGCACAAAGCCACAGCUAAAAUAGCUUGGGGCGAAAAGGGCAGGCAGUACGAGAUGAUGUUCACCGCUGAAACUGGUCUUCUUGGCCGGAGCCCGGCCGGUCGCCUAAGAUUGGCUUGGAAAGAACUGCCAUCUUACUUCAGGCGCUAUUCAAAGAUGGCUUAUCGGUACAUUCCUGAUUACGUGCUGGACCGCUUCAUUCAAGGGAAGGACAAUAACAGCCUCAAUCAGCUGUCAGUCACAGUGGCUGCAACAUCUGAAAGCACCUUGGAUUUGAUUUUGAAGACACCCACACGCAGCAUCUAUAAGCUGGCUUUGCGUCUCCCUAUCGCUUUGCCAAUGGAUGACUUCACAGGUCUGACACCCUUUGACGACCUGGCCGAUAAAGUCCAUUACUUGAUCUCUAAGGCCGGCGCAGCUGAAUGUAGCUACAGCAAAAACAUCCUGACCACCUUCAACAACAGGAAAUACACCAACGAGAUGCCGCUGUCUUGCUACCAGGUUAUGGCUCAAGACUGCACACACGAGAGGAAGUUCAUGGUGUUGCUGAAGAAGGACGGCUCCGACCACCAUCACAUCAACGUUAAAAUUGUUGACCUCGAUAUCGACCUGUUCCUGAGGAAGGAUAAUAUUAUCCUGGAGGUAAACGGAAAGGAUUUGCCCAUCUCCAGCCUGCCAUACCAACACCCAACAGCUAAAAUCCAGAUCAGACAAAACGGAGAAGGCCUUUCUGUCUUUGCCCCAAGUCUGGGACUUCAUGAAGUCUACUUUGACAUCAAAAUCUGUAAAGUUAAAGUUGUAGACUGGAUGAGGGGACAGAUGUGUGGACUCUGUGGAAUGUCUGACGGGCAGACCAGGAAGGAAUUCAGGACAUCUAACGGACGGGUGACCAAGAACGCAGUCAGCUAUGCUCAUUCCUGGGUUCUUCCUGCUGAGAGCUGCCGAGACAACACAGAAUGCCGCAUGAAGCUGGAGUCUGUGCAGCUGGAGAAGCAGAUGAACGUACACGGCCGGGAGUCAAAAUGUUUCUCCGUUGAGCCCGUUCUGCGCUGCUUGCCCGGCUGCUUCCCUGUCAAGACCACCGCCCUCACUGUCGGCUUCCACUGCAUUGCCGCUGACGCUGCUACGAUUCGCCAAGAUUUCUACAACUACAGCACGGACAUCAGGGAAUCGACGCAGGCCCACCUUGCUUGCAGCUGUACUGCUCAGUGUGCAUAAGAAAAUGUACUUGUCAAUUUGUCUCUAGCUUUGGAAUACCAAUUUAAAUAAAGCUCA